AUGUUUGUGUACCAAUCACAUUGCAUAACUCUAAAUUCGUUAGCUCAUAUCAGUGCUGUUCUUGCUCUCUAUGGAGAUUUAGUUUAUGAAGCUGAUAUAAGAGUUCAUCGUACAAAUACUUCAACACCAUAUCAUUCUAUCAUAAAAGAUAAUCAUGGAUCACCGUAUAAAUUACAACAAAUUCAGGAUUGUUUAAAUCAUACUACGAAAUGUCUUGAAAUUAUACAAUCAGCAAAAAACACUGCAAGUUUGGAUGAUAUUCUGCAAAGUCGUACAUUUCUGUAUGAACUAUUUUAUUAUAUUCGUGAUGCUAAAGAUUGUUUAACUCAACCACCACGGAAAACUAUUGAAGAGCAUUUGGCUAAUCCAAGUCGAAAAUGCUUUCAUCCGCCUAUUCCAAAAGAUAUUGUCUUAAGUAUGUUUAUACGUGGUUCAUCGUUGGUGUUUGCCGCCUACAACUUGGUCUAUAAUAGUAUGGAAAAACGUUGGGAGGUGUUAAACCGUUCAAGUAUUGAAUGUGUCAUCCCCCGAUUACAAGAAAUUUUAUCUCAGUUAAACGCAGCAAUGAAUACACUAAUGUAUUUAAUGAAUAAACAAUUUGUUGUGUAAUUCCUUUUCGUUUUCUGUUUUUCUUUCGUUGUUGUUUUUGUUGUUCACACUACAUUUUUAUUUAUGGAUGAUUACUAUUGCUGACUAACUUCUAACUUACACCUCUUUUACCUUUUACGACAUUUUCACUUGUCUACGGACGUUUCAGUAUCAACCUAGACACUAUAAUCAGUCCACCUUAAAGGAUAACUAGUUGUGAACAAUGAUGGUGGAUUUUGAUGACUUCCUUUUUUUGUCUUUUUCUUUGAUUACCGUACUGUGAUAUCUUAUUAUUCUCGCUGCUGUUGUUCCCCUUGGCGUUCCCCUUCCUUCCUUUCACCCGCCUGUUCUCACAAAAGCAUAAUAAUAACAAUAAUAAUAAUAAUAAUAUCAGUAGUCUUAAGAGUAGGUAAUUAGGAUUUUUAUUGAUCACUGAUUUGGCCUAUUUACUUGUAUUUGUAUUUUAACGUAUCAAUAUUUCUUACUUUAUUUCUUUGCAUGUAUUUCAAAAAGUUUUAGUUUGUAAUUUUAACUGAAGAACUUUAUAUUUUACUCUAUUAUUAUCAAUUAUUUGUAAUACAUAUUUAUGC